AUGGAGCCCCACCUGCUCGGGCUGCUACUCGGCCUCCUGCUCAGUGGCACCAGGGUCCUCGCCGGCUACCCAAUUUGGUGGUCCCUGGCCCUGGGCCAGCAGUACACAUCUCUGGGCUCCCAGCCUCUGCUCUGCGGCUCCAUCCCAGGCCUGGUCCCCAAGCAACUGCGCUUCUGCCGCAAUUACAUCGAGAUCAUGCCCAGUGUAGCGGAAGGUGUGAAGCUGGGCAUCCAGGAGUGCCAGCAUCAGUUCCGGGGCCGACGAUGGAACUGCACCACCAUAGAUGACAGCUUGGCCAUCUUCGGGCCUGUCCUGGACAAAGCCACUCGCGAAUCAGCCUUCGUGCAUGCCAUCGCCUCGGCUGGUGUAGCCUUCGCGGUCACGCGCUCCUGCGCCGAGGGUACCUCCACUAUCUGCGGCUGCGACUCGCAUCAUAAGGGGCCACCUGGAGAAGGCUGGAAGUGGGGCGGCUGCAGCGAGGACGCCGACUUCGGGGUGCUUGUGUCGCGGGAGUUUGCGGAUGCACGGGAAAACAGACCCGAUGCCCGCUCGGCUAUGAACAAGCAUAAUAACGAGGCAGGCCGCACAACCAUCCUGGACCACAUGCACCUGAAGUGCAAAUGCCACGGGCUGUCCGGCAGCUGUGAGGUGAAGACCUGCUGGUGGGCCCAGCCUGACUUCCGUGCCAUUGGCGACUUCCUCAAGGACAAGUACGACAGCGCCUCAGAGAUGGUGGUGGAGAAGCACCGGGAGUCCCGAGGCUGGGUGGAGACCCUGCGAGCCAAGUACGCACUCUUCAAGCCACCCACCGAGAGGGACCUAGUCUACUAUGAGAACUCCCCCAACUUCUGUGAGCCCAACCCGGAGACGGGCUCCUUUGGCACCAGGGACAGGACUUGUAACGUCACCUCCCAUGGCAUCGAUGGCUGCGAUCUUCUGUGCUGUGGCCGCGGCCACAACACGAGGACGGAGAAGCGGAAGGAGAAGUGCCAUUGCGUCUUCCACUGGUGCUGCUACGUCAGCUGCCAGGAAUGCAUCCGCAUCUACGAUGUGCACACCUGCAAGUAGGGAGCCAGGGCACUGGGAAGGGGUAGAUUGUGCCGCUGGAUCCAUUCAUCGAAGUCCCAUGGGAAGCAGGAUCUAGAUCUGGGGCCAGCCUUCGGCACUGGCCAGCAAGGAGCGUGGACUGUUUACCAGCUGCAUGUGAUCCACGACCUGGACCCAGCCGGCCUCGGACGGGAGGCCUCUCCCUUCUCAUCUAACGUUUCUCACCCUGCUCUGGAUGGUGUGUGGCUUUACAGAGGGGCUUUCUUUUUUGGUUUUCCAGGGUCUGCUGGGGACAGACCCGAGGCUUAC